UCGGCGUCCCCCCACCUCUCCGCGGCCGCGUCGCCGGCGCCGCGACCCCGCCCUCCCGCGUCUGUCCUUCCCUGCGCUCCCAGCCUGUGCUGGGCGCCAGACGCGGCCCCGCCGUCCGGCUGCUGGCCCGUGUUCCCGGCGGUCCCAGCCUCCGCGGGCCGGGACCGCGGCCCCCGCGGCAGGACGGGGAGGCGGGCCAUGGCGUCCUGCGUGGGGAGCCGGACCCUGAGCAAGGAUGAUGUGAACUACAAGAUGCAUUUCCGGAUGAUCAACGAGCAGCAAGUGGAAGACAUCACCAUCGACUUCUUCUACCGGCCGCACACCAUCACCCUGCUCAGCUUCACCAUCGUCAGCCUCAUGUACUUCGCCUUCACCAGGGAUGAUUCUGUUCCAGAGGACAACAUCUGGAGGGGCAUCCUCUCUGUUGUUUUCUUCUUUCUUAUCAUCAGCGUGUUAGCUUUCCCCAAUGGUCCAUUUACUCGGCCCCAUCCAGCCUUGUGGCGAAUGGUUUUUGGGCUCAGCGUACUCUACUUCCUGUUCCUGGUGUUCCUCCUCUUCCUGAAUUUCGAGCAGGUGAAGUCCCUCAUGUACUGGCUGGACCCGAACCUUCGCUACGCCACCAGGGAAGCCGAUAUCAUGGAGUACGCCGUGAACUGCCAUGUCAUCACCUGGGAACGCAUCAUCAGCCACUUCGACAUCUUUGCGUUCGGGCACUUCUGGGGCUGGGCCAUGAAGGCCCUGUUGAUCCGCAGUUACGGCCUGUGCUGGACAAUCAGCAUCACCUGGGAGCUGACUGAGCUUUUCUUCAUGCAUCUCCUGCCCAACUUCGCGGAGUGCUGGUGGGAUCAGGUCAUCCUGGACAUCCUGCUGUGUAACGGCGGCGGCAUCUGGCUGGGCAUGGUGGUCUGCCGGUUCCUGGAGAUGCGCACAUACCACUGGGCAAGCUUCAAGGACAUUCACACCACCACUGGCAAGAUCAAACGAGCCGUGCUCCAGUUCACGCCUGCCAGCUGGACCUACGUGAGAUGGUUUGACCCCAAGUCUUCCUUCCAGAGAGUGGCCGGAAUCUACCUGUUCAUGAUCAUCUGGCAGCUGACCGAGCUGAAUACCUUCUUCCUGAAACACAUCUUUGUGUUCCAAGCCAGCCAUCCAUUAAGCUGGUGUAGGAUUCUCUUUAUUGGCUGCAUCACAGCUCCCACAGUGAGGCAGUACUACGCUUACCUCACGGACACGCAGUGCAAACGUGUGGGAACACAGUGCUGGGUGUUUGGGGUCAUUGGUUUCCUGGAAGCCAUCGUUUGCAUAAAAUUUGGACAAGAUCUCUUCUCGAAGACCCAAAUACUCUACGUUGUACUUUGGCUUCUUUGUGUGGCCUUCACCACCUUCCUGUGUCUUUACGGCAUGGUCUGGUAUGCAGAGCACUACGGCCACCGGGAGAAGACCUAUUCAGAGUGUGAGGACAGCACUUACAGCCCUGACAUCUCCUGGCAUCACGGAAAAGGCGCAAAAGGUUCUGAAGACAGCCCACCCAAGCAUUCGGGCAACAACGAAAGCCAUUCUUCCAGAAGACGGAAUCGACAUUCCAAGUCCAAAGUCACCAAUGGAGUGGGAAAGAAAUGAAAGACCCUCCCCCUCUGCCCCCUGGCCAAUCAAAGAUGUCCCAGAGAGUGCCUCGACCCACGAAGAAAGGGAAGCCGAAAGUCGCUUAGACCUCCCCGUGAGGAGGUCAGAACCCGCAGAGCCCAGGGGAGCGGCAACUUUGGGGGGAGGGGUGGGGUUACUGUGUGAAAGGUGUAAGUCUUGUUGCCCAUAGACCUGGCCGCAAGCAGGGGAAUCUCGGCCAGUCUGGGGUCUGUCCUAACCUGAGCACUUGGCACACAAUCGCUCGUGGCAGUGCAGUGUGCGGGAUGGACCAGGGAGCUCUCUGAUGGCGGAGUUGCCUGGCGCUCGCCUGUGUUGUAGAUGCGGUGGCGUCAACCGCCUUCAGACAAGGCAUUCGCCCGGUCGCUGCGCGGGUCCCAGGCGUGAUUCUUAUGGACCUGUCUUUCCAGCUGAUGGGUGUGUUUGUUAAGUUCAGGCCACCUUUGCAUCUUUUGUUGUUUUUGUUUAAGUUUAGGAUGCAUACAUGCCUUCAGAAGGCACUGUUGAAAUUAAGGGAGGGCUGCUUUUCCUGGAAUCUGGAGAGGAAAACGGGCAGCACUGUGUGUUUCUGUAUAGCAUCCUCAGCCCCCCCAAGACUUUGAAGACUUCCCACCGCGUGGCAGGUGCACUGCCGUCUGAGGAAGGGUCGGCCUCCUGCGUUGGAACCUGGGGCUCCACGUCUGAACCUGUUUUUGUCCCGUUGCAAAUGUCACUUGUCCAAACCAUCCAGCCACACUCCCAAAGCGAGCCCGUGACGGGGCGGUGGACACUGUGGCUGCUGCGCCCCUCCCCCAGGUGCCUUUGACAUUCGCUUUGUUUUACCCGCCCUGGUGUGUUAGAGCUGACACUGUUGUCUUUAGUCCCAUGUGAGGUGCUGGUGAGUGUUACCUUCCGUGUGUGCCAUGCUGUAAAACACCCUCCCCGGUAGUUCACCGCGAUGGGUCUGUUUUCAAUAAAACCCGCGUGAAAGCCC